AUGUUCUUUUGGUGUACACGUCUCACCAUCGGGCUUCUUGCACUCGGUUGCCCAGGCGUGGUCGCUCGUUCAAAUGGGGAGAAAAUAGUGGACCUCGGAUACGCAACGUACCGGACGGACGUUAGUCUCGAUGUCGGCGUCACUAGCUUCCUAGGCAUGCGUUACGCAGCGCCUCCAACCGGCGUACGGCGCUUCCGAGCCCCCGCACCACCCGCCAGGGUGAAAGGGAUACAGAAUGCUACCGUUCAACCGGAUGAGUGUUGGCAAUCCUCUGACGGUACCAACGCGACAACGCCGUUCCGGUUGAAUAAACGGACAACUGGAGUCCAGAACGAGGAUUGUCUCUUUAUCAAUGUGCAUGUCCCGACGGAUCUGAAUCCUACUUCGGACGCGUCUCUGCCGGUCAUCGUCUGGAUCCACGGGGGAGGUUAUGCGGACGGAAGCAACGGUCAGGGUAACCCCGUCCAGACCAUGGUUCGGAACUCUAAGGGCAGACUCAUAUCUGUCCAGAUGCAGUAUCGACUUGGACCCUUUGGGUUCUUAGCGGGAGAGACAGUCGCCAAAGACGGCAACUUGAAUGCAGGGAUCCUCGACCAACACUUUGCCCUUCAGUGGGUACAAGAGCAUAUAUCUAAGUUCGGCGGGGACCCAAAUCGCGUCACCAUCUACGGGGAAUCGGCAGGUGCCGGUUCGGUUCUUCAGCAUGUAGUUGCGCAUGGAGGGAACACGCAACCAGCAUUGUUCCGCGCCUCGAUGAUGGACUCUCCGUACUUACCUUUCCAGUACGAGUUCAACGACCCCAUCAAUGAGAUCAUAUUUGCCAACUUAUCCCAGAUGGCCGGAUGUCCCAUCUCGAGAUCUUCUUUGGCUUGCCUACGAUCAAUAGAGGCCCCCAAGCUCAACCAAUCCGGUCUCAACAUUGCUCUUGACGACUUCUUCGGGGUGUUCACCUUUGUCCCCGUGGUGGAUGGAGAGUUCAUCGUCGAGAGACCGACGGUGACCCUAGGAAAGAAUCAGACCAACUCAGAUGUGAUGCUCGUCAUGACCAACUCGCAUGAAGGCGACGUCUUCGUCGAUGCAAAUACGCUCACAAGAACAAACGCGACGCUGGCCGACUAUGUGGCGAACCUCUUCCCUCGGAUGAACGACAGCUCUAUACAGCAAGCAGUAACCUUGUACUCGAACCUCACUGAUGUGACCGCCACAACCGUACCUCAGCAAGCUGCCUUCGUGAUGGGCGACUCCAUCCUCGUCUGCCCUGCGUUCUAUGCUCUGAACGCUUUCCCGGCUACCAGCGGCUGGAAGGGGGAGUUUGCCAUACCUCCAGGAACCCAUGGAAGCGAGCUGGCAUAUCUUUUCGCUGACUCUGUACAGGGGCUCCCAGCGUUCAACAAUACUGCUUUCAUCUCGGCUUUUCAGAGUUCGUUCUUCUCAACGGCUGUCUCACUGAAUCCGAACGCGCACGAUUCCGAAGACUUAAAGCCCAACUGGCCGACGUUUCAAGAGACUGGCAAGACGAUGUUCUUCAACGAAACCAUGACGGGAGCGCCCGAAGUCGUGACCAUUUCUACAUCGAGUGCCCUAUUGGAGCGCUGUGCGUUCUGGCUCUCGCUAAGCGCGGUCAAUGCGCAGUGA